AAGCCUAUAAGUAUGCAUGAAAGGAUCAUCUCCAUCCAUCGCAACCAAGCAAGCAAUAAUCACAAGCAUCGAGCUAGCUGAUCAUCACAAGAGCUAGCUAGCUAGCAAGGUGAUCGAUCGAUCAUGGCCGCCUCCUCUCAGCAAUCGUCACAUCAUCACCUGCUACUGCUAGUAGUCCUGCUGCUCUCCUGCCUCGCCGGCGCCGCCGCCGCGGGGUCCACGAUGCAAUGCCACGACGAGGACCAGGCGGCGCUGCUGGCCAUCAACUCCGCGCUGGGCAGCCCCUACCACUUCGCGUCCUGGACGCCCGACACCUUCUGCUGCGACUGGUACGACGUCGACUGCGACAACGCCACCGGCCGCGUCGUCGGCCUCUCCGUCUUCGGGGACGGCAACGUCACGGCCGCCAUCCCGGACGCCAUUGCCAACCUCACCGGCCUCCGCACCCUCGUGCUGCGCCACCUCCCGGGCCUCACCGGCGCCAUCCCGGACACGCUCGCCCAGCUCUCGGGCCUCUCGCAGCUCACCAUCUCCUACACCGGCGUGUCCGGCCCCGUGCCGGCGUCCCUGUCCCAGCUCACCGAGCUCGCGCUCCUGGACCUCUCCUUCAACUCCCUCACGGGCGCCAUCCCGGCGUCGCUCGCCGACCUCCCCGCCCUCGCCAGCAUCGACCUCAGCCGCAACCGCCUCGAGGGCCCCGUCCCGGCGCUGCUCCUCAGCAGGUGCCCCGGCCAGGCCGAGCUCCGGCUCUCGCACAACAACUUCUCCGGUGCCAUCCCUGCCGGGUUCGCCGCCGUCAACUUCACGCACCUCGACCUGUCGCGCAACUCCCUCACCGGCGACGCCUCGGCCGUCCUCGGCCGGGGGAAGCCGCUGCAGCACCUGGACCUGUCCCGCAACGACCUCCGCUUCAGCCUGACGGGCGCGGAGCUGCCGGAGCAGCUCAGCUACCUGGACCUGAGCCACAACGCCAUCCGCGGCCGCGUGCCGGCGCAGGUGGCCGACCUCGCCGGCCUGCAGCUCUUCAACGUCAGCUACAACAAGCUGUGCGGCGUGCUGCCCACCGGCGGGGUCAUGGAGAGGUUCGACGCCUACAGCUACCAGCACAACAAGUGCCUCUGCGGAUCCCCGCUCCCGGCCUGCCACCGUUACAUGCUCUGACCAUCAAAUCUCGCUCAAGCAAUUCCCUAUCCACUGCACGAGAGGACCAAGCUAAUAAGCUCAUUAAGCCAACGUAAGAACAUGUAUUAUAUUUGCAUCCUGGAAUCAACUAAUAUAUGCUUCUUCAUCUAUCCCAAGAUCCAUGGAGAGGUAAGUACAACAAAAGAACAUGUACUAUAAAUACAGUAAUUAAUGGUUGUGUGUUUUGGGUUUGUAUUACCUAGCUAGCUAGAGUGUGCAUAUUGUAUACGUGUGUCUCUCCUUAAUUUGAAGUGUCAUAUAUUGUUGCUUGACAAUGUUUGCAACGCACAAGUCAGGACUGGUGCUUGUGCUUGUGUCUGCAUCCAAUCGGACUGAAAUUUCAGUCUGAUUCAGCAACGUUCUUGCUGGUUCAACUAAAAUUUCAAUGUGCAUCGCUGAAUUUUUCCUCCAA